CUCUCUCUCUCUCUCUCUCUCCACAUUUUCACUCACAUCUGCAAAAUCUCCCACAUUCAUCAUCACCCAAAUCCAUCAAAUUCACCAUGUUAAAAAUCCACCACCAACUCUCUCCCUCUCUACCCUCCUCCAUCUUCACCACUCGCAAACCCUAACACACACAAACAAACAACCACACUCUCUCCAGAUUCGGACCGCCAUGGAAGCUCCUCUCACAAAUUCAAGCCUCGCUACACUGACAAACACUGUCUCAAUCAUCAACACCGAACUACACAAAGCUUGGCACCUCCUCUCCCUUUUACUACCACUCGGCCGCCCUGCUCGUCCCCUUGAACUCGCCUCCCGAUGCGCCUUGUUCCGUGCACCGCCUGAUUUCGUCGAGCACCUCUGUUCGAUCCCCAAUUCGCCGCUCUUCUUGACCUCGAACAGGUUCGUUACGCCUUCGCUGGUUGCGUUCGUUGCUUUCGGAAAGUUUGCGUCGAAUUUGAAUGUGAUUGGGGCGUUUGUGCCCCGAAUUGAGCUCCGAGAUUUCGGACGGGAGAGAGUUUGGGGAGGUUUUGUAAGAACGUAUUACAGGAGAAGGAAGAGAAUGAGUUUAGAGUUUGAAUCUCCACCACUUUCGAAAAAGAGAGCAGUUUUGCGUUCUGUGGAUGAAAAUGAAGAAAAUCAAAUUCUGUUGCUUUCGUCUGGUGGAAAUCAAAGUGAUUAUACUAAGGUAUAUUUUGAUUAUAUGACCAGAAGAAUGGAAGUGCAGCCAAAUGAUAUUUCAAUUAUGAAACUUGAAUCGGACAAUUUGAGUAGGGUGAUUGGGAAGGCACCCUUCUCUGUUCAUCUCAAUGCUGGACUGUUAAGCUAUGGAUUGAAAAAUACUGAACAUGGAAAUAGCAAGGAAACUAGUAUCUUUGAGCAUAUGAAGGAGCAUCGAUAUGUAUAUACACCAGAAUGUCAGCAUAGCUUUCUCAAUUUUGGAAAAUUUCCUCAAAUUCCUCAUCCAACAGUAGAAGAAAUAAAGGCAUGUAGGCCUUAUCCAGAAGGAUCUCUUCUAACUACUAUAAUAGAAAAUUCGGUUGUGUGGAGAGAAGCUAGGAUGGGUGAGGUAGACUUGAAAAGUAGAACAAGUUUUGACGCCACUUCAUGCCCAGAAGUAGAAGAUCACAGCAUAAUUCCACCAGUGGAGAUGGAGAAUGUUGGUCAUGCUUGUAAAGUUAGAAGGGUUAGAACAAUUGAAGACAAAAUGGUUGUAGAUAGCAAAGAGAAAGAACCAUUAAUUGAUUCUUUCUGCCAUGAAAGUGGAAUUGGAUUCAUGGUCCCAGCAGUCAAUACCGCUCAGACUGUUAUGUCACAUGAUACCAAAAGGAUGAAUGUGGUAAGGUGCAUUGAUAUGAAUCCACGUCGGGAUGGAGAGAGAACAACUACACAUGUGGAGAGUAGGGCCCUUCUUUUAGCAGCUGAUGCCACUCUUUGUCAGAAGCAACUGAUGAAAUCCUCUGCCAAAUCAAAGACCUCUCAGAAGGAUGCACUAAAUGCUAAACAACAAGGUCUCUUCAAGGCAUUGGUCAAUAGUAAGGCUGUUGGGUCUCGUAUGGAGCAGCUUCAAUGUACAAGAGAUAGAAAUUCAAUCUCUGUGAAGCAGAAGUUAAAGCAGAAUUGUGACAAGCCUAUUGCCGUGGACCUCAACAAUCAGCAGGAGCCAAAACCACUACCUAAUUUUGAGUCCUUUACCAUAGAGGAGGAAGAAGGUUCAGGUGGUUACGGAACAGUUUACAAGGCACAGAGAAAGAAUGAUGGAGUAACAUUUGCUAUUAAAUGUCCUCAUGAAAAUGCUAACAGACAUCAUGUUCAUAAUGAACUGAAGAUGUUGGAGCGAUUUGGGGGUAAGAACUUUGUCAUAAAAUAUGAAGGCUCUUUCAAGAGUGGGAAUUCUGAGUGCCUUGUUUUAGAGCAUGUUCAUCAUGACAGACCCGAGGUCUUGAAGAGAGAGAUAGAUGUUUUCCAGCUCCAGUGGUAUGGCUAUUGUAUGUUCAGAGCACUUGCAGGUUUACAUAAGCAGGGAAUAGUUCAUAGAGAUGUUAAACCUGGCAACUUCCUUUUCUCUCGUAAGGUCAAUAAAGGAUAUCUCAUUGAUUUUAACCUUGCUAUGGAUCUGCAUCAGAAGUAUGGAGCUAUUGACAAAUCAAAGGUGGGCCAUGAUGUGAGUUUUAAUCAUGUUCCUCCCACUCACACCAAAUCUCUUCCUCCUACCAAUCAGAAGUUUCUGGUCAGUAAAUCUUUGGAAGCAAUCAACAAGCAGACAGGAAAAAGGUCCAAGCCACUUUUAUCACCCAAAAACCUGAAAAAGAAGGCCAUAGACCAAACAAAUGCCUUUUCUGAAUUAGGCAAUAGGAAUGUGAUGAAAAGCCAAGGUGCAGAUGGCUCUGGGAUAACUUCAGCUAAGGAUGCAACAAGCACAAGAACUCCUUCAGCAGAAAGGUUGAGGGAACCGAUCCCAUGCCAAGGUAGGAAGGAGCUGAUCAACCUGGUGCAUAAAGCAAUGCAGGGUCCAAAUUAUGUAGCACUUAGUGUUCCAGCUCCUAAGAGAAAGAGGGUCAUCGCACUUCCGGGAAAAGUAGAUAGAAAACUUGUUUACCUUACUCCAAUGCCAGUGCACUCUGCUGGCAUUGCUGUUGCUGGGGAUGGGAAGCAAAAGAGAGAAGGCCCUUGUGUUGGAACCAAGGGCUUUCGGGCUCCAGAGGUAUUGUUCAGGUCACCACAUCAAGGCCACAAAGUUGAUAUCUGGUCUGCUGGGGUCACCUUACUUUACUUGAUGAUUGGAAGAACACCAUUUACUGGUGAACCUGAACAGAACAUAAAGGAAAUUGCAAAGUUAAAGGGCAGUGAAGAUCUCUGGGAAGUGGCAAAGCUACAUAACCGUGAAUCUUCAUUUCCAGUGGAUCUUUUUGAUGUGAAAUUUUUGACAUCCACAAGACUGCGAGAUUGGUGCAAACAGAACACAAAAAGACCAGAAUUCUUGGAGUUUAUUCCAAGUUCACUAUUCGAUCUUGUGGAGAAGUGCCUGACGGUGAACCCGAGACUGAGGAUAAGUGCAGAGGAAGCGCUGAGGCACGAGUUUUUCACACCAUGCCACGAGGGCCUAAGACAGGAAAGGCUGCUCAGGAAAGGGCUCAGCUUGGACUCUAGAACUACUCAGCUUUUGCAUAGACAGUUAGAGCCUUGUGAAGGUAUUUCAAUAAUGUAAUGUUGUAAAAUAAUUAUUUGCAUUUUGUAACUAUGUCAAUAUUUGAGUACAGUUAUUCUAGACACAGUCGAUGAAAAUUAAUAGAUUGACCCUUUUAAGAAAAAAA